AUGCCCGCCUCACCGUCGCGCCCCACGCCGGCUCCGGCCACGCCGCCGCCCUCCGCCGUAGCCACGCCUCGCCGGCGCCGGCGCCUCCUCCAGGCAGGGAAACCCAACCACCACCACCACCACCACCACUCGCCGUCGCCGUCCCUGCAGGCGGCGCCGGCCUCCCCGUUCUCCUUGUUCCCGCCGACGUCGCCGUCGCCGUUCCACCGGUUCCUCCCCUCCCCGCUGCGCGCCUCCGCUGUGCCCUUCUCGUGGGAGCACCGCCCGGGCAUCCCCAAGACGCCCGCCCGGAACCGCUCCAACUCCAAGGGCAACAACAGCAAGGCGCUCCCGCUCCCGCCGUCGCUGCUCGCCCGCUCCUGCGCCGGCGGCUCCGACCCCUACGCCUCCGUCUUCCCGGCCGAGUACGCCACCGCCAUGGACCCGCCGCCGAACCGCUGGAGGGUGCGCGUGCGCCGGACCCGGCGCCGGUCGCCCAGCAGGCUCGGCGACGCCCUCGCCGAGUGGCUGUCCAUGCUCAGCCUCUACCGCUCCUGCAAGCGCGCCGCCGCCUGCUUCGCCGCAAAGGCCAAGUCGCCGGCGGCCUGA